CAUGAUCUUCUUAACGUUAAGCACCCGAGGUGGUCGCACUUUUACGCACAUGUAAAUUAUUGAAAGAACUCAUGUAUAAGCUAUGUACUUAUGUGUAUAUUUAAUCGUAUUUCUCUACAUACAGUAGUACUACAUAGUACUUAAUGCAUAGUACUGCACACACAGUUUAAAAUUCACUCUGUGCAAUGCUGAUUCAUCUUUUUUGCUAUAACAAACACUUGGCUUAAUUUCGAAUGCCAUAUUCUCCUAAACAGUAUUGCUAAGUAAUCCCUUUUAUCUCCAUUUAAUUAGCGUCUUUUUUUUAUCUGGAGUCGAUUAUUUAUCAAGGUAAGGUUUGGUCGUUUUUUAUCAGGACGCACCUUUGCUUUGUUCAGACAAAUGGACCGGAAGUGAGUCGAAGCACGGAUCUGGAUUUCGUAAGAACUUCUGGCUUUAAUUUUGCGCGGCAGCUCCUGUACGUGAUAUCAGAAUGGUGGAUAGAUUUGGAAGGGUACACCAGAUCGUGGACUUCCUGUAUUUGUCGGGCGCCAACGGAGCUCGCCGGGAUCAUAUUCGCGAGCGAGGAAUUACAUGCGUCAUCAACUGCACUAUCGAAUUAUCCAAUCUUCCGCUCACCAAUGUGGAGUUUAUUAAUGUUAAAGUGGAUGAUUCUCCGUAUGCUUCCAUAAUUCGGUAUUUUGACAGCUGCGCCGAUAAAAUCGAAGAACACCGAUUAGCAGGUGGUAAAGUGUUGGUCCACUGUAUGGCUGGCGUAUCUCGUUCGGCGUCCAUCGUAAUUGCCUACUUAGUCAAGUAUCAGAACUUAUCCCUAAAGGAAGCGUAUGCUGCUGUGCGUGCUGCUCGCUCCAUUAUUCGGCCCAAUCCGGGCUUUUGGAAGCAGCUGAUUGAAUACGAAUACCGCAUUCGCAAGGAGGAAUCAGUACGGAUGGUUCCGUCGGCGUUCGGCAUGAUUCCCGACGUGUACGAAAGUGAAAUGAAGCCUAUGGGCUGGCUAAAGGUCAAAACUACGUUCAGGUUGUGAUGGCUGAUGUCUCCGGAUCGGACGAUAUGGGUCAUCUAAACUUUUGACCGUACUUCUGAUCAGAUUACAUUUUUUUAAAAAUUUUAGGAUUUCGGACACAUACAUCUGAUUUUGUUUUUGAAAUAAUGACACAUUGCACACCUCAUGGCGUAUGUGCAGUGCUACAGAUAUAUGUAUCAAACACGGAUGCAAUUGCGGCCUGAAGUCUCAGUCGUUGUCAGUUUGUGACUGUUUGUUAUUUUAUUCUGUUAUGUGACAAUAGUUUUAAAAUAAUGUGAUCUUGCGGUA